AUGUCGAUACCGUAUUCGUGGAAGAUCGCGACCAACUCUCCCACAGCCUUUCUCCGCCUCCUUAUAAGAUGGAAGGGCACAAUCUACCGGUACAUCCUCUUCGACUUCUGCGUUUUCCUCCUCAUCUAUGGCAUAACUUCACUCACCUACCGGUAUCUUAUGUCCGAGGGAUCCAGAAGAAUCUUCGAGCACUACUGCCUCUACUGCGCUCGCAAUGGUCGGCUGAUCCCCGUAGGUCUGGUGUUGGGUUUCUACGUGGAUGUGGUGGUUAAGCGUUGGUGGGAGCAGCUCUGCCUUAUCCCCUGGCCCGACGAGAUGACCAUGCUAUUGAGCGCUUAUGUUCUCGACGACUCUGAGAUGGCACGGCAGAAGAUGAAAACUCUGCUGCGUUACAUCAACCUCUCCUACAUCCUCACCUUCCGCCUAAUCUCUUCUCGCGUUCAAAAGAGGUAUCCUGUCGAUCAGAGUCUCCUGGCUGAUGGUAUAGUCACGCCGGCUGAGUUGAAACAGCUGUACAAUUCAACACCAAAUAGUAGAGGUCCCUGGUACGCCACGCCAAUCUUUUGGGCGUGCCAAGUGAUCCUCGAGCUGCGAGCCACCGGCCUCAUCCUCAGCGACAGGGGGGAAGAGCUCCUGUUCAAGAAGAUUCAAGCCUUACGCAGCAAACUUGCUCAGCUUCUCAUCUACGACAUGGUCAACAUACCGCUUGGCUUCACUCAAUUUCUCGACGUCAAACAGAACUAUGCGCAUCGAUUGGUAGACCUUUAUAUUCCAGUAUUUGGCAUCUUGCAAUUGAUCUUCUUCUUGGGUUGGCUGAAGGUGGCAGAGGCUCUAAUUAAUCCCUUUGGUGAAGAUACUGAUGAUUUCGCUAUCGAUGAAUAUAUUAAGCGCAAUUUGCAGAUUACGAAUUUCCUGAUUGAAAAACUGCACGACGAGGCCCCAUUGCCGUGCAAUGGCGUGAUUUUUUCAAAAAAGGGAACCACUGAGGAAAAGAUGGGAAAAGGCGAGAACAGAAAUACCUCGCCUUCAGCGUUUAUGUCCAAUCAACACCUCUUCUCCAAGGGAGUCAAUCUUUUCAUCAGAUCCUGCGCCAAUACUGCUGUUGAUGGUAAUAGCAAUGGGAGCGAUCGCAAUGUCCAAACCCAUCGGACUGUAUCGAGUGCUAGAAAAUUAAACUCAGUUACAGUUGGGGAAUCUUUUCUUCCACAAUAUAUCGAUGGUUUGCUGGAUUCGUUAUGUGGCUCAAAGUUGUCCUCAACGUUUGAAUUAAAAUCCGCAUUUUAUCAGUUGGCAAUUUUGCUGACAGAUAAAGAAGAUAUGCUUCGUUAG